CGCAAUUAUUACAGAAGUUACCCAUAUCGAGCAAGACGACCGGGUUGAGCAUAAUUCUUGAGGGUAAUAUUGGUAUCUGGUGUUCACCAGAGUCUGGGGAGCGUGCGCAGUGAGAUACAGUGAGCUAACGCCAAGCAAUUCCAGCGAAUGGACCAUUAUAAACCGUAGUAAAGUAGAAUGGGAAAUGAAGUAUAAUAAGUGCAGCCUGUGCAGCCUGCUUUAAUGGGCAAAGGCCUUCUUCUUCUCUUAUGGGAUGAACCUCUGUUUCCCGCAUUGCGUCGGGCAGAGCUAUUAGGGCAGCAUUUUCAUUCUCUUAUAGUUUUCCGGCGAUUUGUCUGUUGGUUCUUCUCUUUCCCUUAAUUAUCGGAAUUCUUUGGUCCUGCAUGCAUCGUCUGCCAAUGAGUGUUGUCAAUGCUGAAGAUGUGAGCUUGAGAGAAGCUGCAGAGGUCUUCAAUAGACUCCGUCUUUUUAGUUUCAACGCGAGGAACCUUGCGUUACGAGGAAGUUAAAGUUUUCUUAGAUCUGGAAAGAUUGAGUGGUGUUGGAAAAGAUCGAAAGAAGUUGGCGGCUUUUGAUCCCCGUUUCUAAAGCUAGACCUCAGUGCUGUUUACGGAGCGAGAGUGCCAAAUAGAAGAAUUGGAGUCGUUUUUCGUUUUUUUUCCCUGGAGCAACUGCCUUGUGCCACCUCUUCAGUCUCGAAGAGGUAAUAUGUGGAUCCUGCUUUGAUGCUGGUCGAGGUUUAGAGGACACUUCUUUUUGAUUGGCUUUGAAAUGGCGUCUUGGGAUCAACUGGGAGAGCUCGCCAAUGUCGGUCAGCUUGUGGGAUUCGGAGCAUCGCAACUGAUAGGUAUGAUUGUGCAGGCUGCAGCCACAGCUCGAACGCAUAAGAAGAACUGCCGGCAAUUUGCUCAGCACCUGAGGCUGAUCGGUAAUCUAUUGGAGCAGCUUAAGAUCUCGGAGCUCAAGAAGUAUCCGGAGACAAGGGAGCCCCUUGAGCAACUUGAGGAUGCGCUGCGGAGAUCCUAUAUUCUUGUGAGUAGCUGCCAGGAACGCAGCUAUCUCUACCUCUUGGCCAUGGGCUGGAACAUCGUGUACCAGUUUAGGAAGGCCCAAAGUGAGAUCGAUCGCUAUUUGAAGAUCAUCCCCCUCAUCACUCUUGUUGACAAUGCCAGGGUUCGGGAAAGACUGGAGCAUAUUGAUAGGGACGACAGAGAAUAUACAUUUGACGAUGAGGACAAGAAAGUGCAAGAUGUUAUAUUGAAUCCUGACCCUUGUAGCAGUCAUAAAAUGAUUCUUAAAAAGACCCUUUCUUGUUCAUACCCAAACUUGAGAUUUGAUGAGGCCCUUCAGGAGGAAAAUGAGAAACUUCAGCUCGAACUUCAAAGAUCUCAAAGUAGCAUGGAUAUUGGGCAGUGUGAAGUCAUACAGCAUUUGCUUGAAGUUACAGAAGCUGUUGCUAGUUCUUUAAAUGAGAAAUGUGCACAUCACAAUAAUUUGAAAAAGGAAGAAAAUAAUCAUCUGGAUGCGAGCGAUGAUCAGGGAUAUCCCUAUGAUGGAAGUUAUCAAUAUGAAAGCAAUGCAGGGUCAAGAAGCAUAUCCACAGUAUCAUCUGGUCAUGACUUGAUCUCUAGGAAAGGAUCACACAAAGAUGAGAAAUGGCAUUCUGAUUUACUGGGCUGCUGUUCAGAACCUUAUUUGUGUUUCAAGACAUGCAUGUACCCUUGUGGAACCUUUUCAAGGAUUGCGUCAGCUGCUAAAAACAGGCACAUAACUGCAGGGGAUGCCUGUAAUGACCUAAUGGCAUAUUCGUUAAUCUUAUCGUGUUGCUGCUACACAUGUUGUGUCAGAAGGAAACUUCGCAAAGUGUUGAACAUCACGGGAGGGCUAUGUGAUGAUUUCCUAUCACAUCUUAUGUGCUGUUGUUGUGCCCUUGUUCAAGAAUAUCGCGAGGUGGAGAUACGAGGAGCUUAUGAUAUAUGCAGGCAGGGAGAAGACAAAAAUAAGCCCCCCAACCUCUCAAUAUAUGGAAUCUUGAAGUAACAUUUGUAAAAGCAAAGCUGCCUCAGCUUUUCUAUCAGCUCUACACUAAGGUAUCCAACAGCUUUCUGUGGCAUCUCAUCUAGAACCUUCUCCUAUUCCUUUCCAUACUUACCAAGUAUAAAAUUGUACAUUUUAGGUGCUCCCCCCUCUGUAUUAUCCACAUGAUUUGAGUAGUGAGAGUGUUUGAGCAUAAACAUUGUCAAUAUGUUAUAGGUUCAGGCAUCAUUUGCACAACUCAAGGUCCUGUUUGCUUGCUGUAUGGUCUUCUUGAACAACUCCUUUUAACCUAUGGAUAUUGAUCAUUCUAGACGCUUCUGGAUA